UCCUCGUCCUGUUUCCUGUUUCCUGCAGACAUCCAGCAGCUGGUGGAGAAUAAAGAAGAAGAGGUUCCCCCUGAGCAGCAGGACUGGAGCUCCAGUCUGAACCAGGAGGACCCAGAGCCCCCUCACAUCAAAGAGGAACAGGAGGAACUCUGGACCAAUCAGGAGGGAGCGCAGCUUGAAGGUCUGGAGGAGGCUGGUAUCGGGUUCUCAUUCUCUCCUGUGAAGAGUGAAGAUGAUGAAGAGGAAGCUCAGUCCUCUCAUCUUCAUCAAAGAAUAACUGAACACAGAGAACAGAACACAGCUGAUGGAGAGGACUACAGAGGACCAGAACCGGACAGGAAGUCAGAUCCACAUACACAUCUAGAAACUAUUAAAACUGGAGACUGUUUUGAACCUGAUGGUGAUGAAACCAGAGACCCUCGGUCCGGUUCAAACCCUCUGAAUGACGGCGGUCCUGUAAGCGAUGGCAAAUCUAGUGUUGACACAAAGUCAUUUGUCUGCUGUGAAUGUGGUCGGAGGUUCGGUCGUAAGGACAGUCUGGGGAGACACAUGAGGUUCCACACGGGAGAGAAACCCUACAGCUGCUCUGCUUGCGGAAAAGGAUUUUCUCAGAGGCCAAACUUGAUUCGUCACAUGAGAUGUCACUCGGGAGAGAAACCGUUCAGCUGCUCCUUCUGCCACACAAGUUUCGCUGUGCGGAGCGCGUUGGUCAACCACAUGAGGAUCCACACCGGGGAGAAACCCUUCAGCUGCUUGUAUUGUGACAAGAGCUUCACUCAGAAGGGGGGCCUCAAAAAACACAUGACUGUCCACACAGGAGAGAAACCUUAUCGUUGUCUAGUGUGCGCGAAAAGUUUUUCCCAGAAGGCCAAUCUGACGUACCACUUCUCGCUGCACACGGGACAGAAGCAGUUCAGCUGCAGCAACUGUGACAAAAGGUUCACGUGGCAGUCGCAGGUCCGAAGCCACAAGUGUGUCGGCGAGAGCAGCGGCAGCUGAAGCGGAGCAUGGCGGUCGAAACCCAAACCCGCUGUGGAACCAGUUUCGACCAGCUGGUCCAAUAGGAGCUCUCCGUGGCUCCAGGACGAAGCGGUUGGACUCUUGUGGCUCGUUGCAGAAGCUGAUGACCCGGUGUGUUGAACACGCGUAGCCACGCCUUCAUACCACCGUCUCUAAUCCACUCUGAUGUGUUCUGUGAGUUCAUCUUAGAAACAUUGACGGAGUAGAAGAGUUUUAUUGUACUGUGUUGAAUAUUGUGACGGUUUAAAUAUUUACAGAAAUAAAUGUUAUUAAACAUG